AUGGUCGAAAACACGGAGAACGAAUCAAAUUGUGAUAUGUCCGGAACGUGGAGAACGAUAGAAUCCGAUGAAGUUGUAUUAAGAAGUGAAGAGGAGAAGAAAGCGAAACAUCUAUGGAAGAGGUCCAAGGAACAAAGAGACAGAGUCAGUUACCAAAUGCAAUGGGCUCAAGUGUUAGAAGAAAUAUCGUGGAAGUUGGCUUCUAUGGAGACGUCAGGAGGGUCAGAGAGUUCUGGAGGAGAAGACUCAGAGGCUCGGCGGUCACGAAGAGGCCACGUUCUUGCGGAACUUCUACAGACUGAAAGAAUCUACGUACAAGAAAUGGGCUCAAUUCUCACUGGAUACAAAGAUGAAAUUGAAAAAGCGGAAAACCAACACGCCCUGCCACCAGGACUAGCAGGACAGGCAGAUGUUCUGUUUGGAAACCUUCACGAACUCUUCACAUUCCAUCAAGAAAUAUUUCUUAAGGAUUUAGAGAAAUCAAUCUCAGCGACAGAACUUGUUGCGCUCUGUUUUGUUGAAAAGAGAGAAACAUUCUUUCGCCUAUACAGUUAUUAUUGCCAAAACAUACCUCGUUCAGAAAGGCUUCGAGAGACACUGGUGGACACACAUCUAUUUCUUCAGGCUUGCCAACAACGUCUCGGUCACAAGCUGCCCCUAGCUGCUUAUUUGCUCAAACCAGUGCAAAGGAUUACUAAAUAUCAGCUUUUACUAAAGGAUCUCCUCCGGUAUAGCGAUUGUGGGACAAUGAGUGCUGGUCUCCAACAGGCAUUGGACUGUAUGUUGGUGGUCCUCAAAUGCGUGAAUGACUCCAUGCACCAGAUCGCUAUAACUGGCGUACCGGUUGAUCUCAAUCAACAAGGCGAACUUCUACUACAAGGGUCCUUCCUCGUAUCUUCUGAGACCAAACGCGAUCUCCGACUGCGUAUACGUCCGCGGCGCAGACAUAUUUUCCUUUACGAAAAAGCCAUGCUCUUCUGCAAACCAGCCGCUAAGAACAGCCACAAUAAGGCCACUUACCACUUCAAGCAUGACUUGCAGAUGUCCCAAAUCGGUCUUACCGAGUCCGUAAAGGGUGAUGUGCGUAAGUUCGAAGUAUGGCGUCAAGGCAGGGCCGAAGUGCAUACGAUAAGUGCGCCCACAGCUGAAAUCAAAAGAGCGUGGGUUGAGAGGAUCAAAAGGGUUCUACUUGACCAGCUCAAGGAACUCAAGGGAGAACGGGUCAGACAAUACGCACAGAAUCAUAGGACACUAAUUCAAACCAGCUCCUGGGAUCUGGGUCCCCAAAAGGAGCGACCACAGCCACCCUCGAAUCCCUCUCGAACGGGUUCUUGUGAUAAUCACGAUGAGCCCUGCUGGUCCACAGAUCCGUCGGAGGACGAAGAAGACGAACCCGAGCACGCACCGGCGGUGGGUUGCGCGCUCAUGGCCCUGUCGGACUACACCGCGGUGGGCGCCAGUGAGGUAUCUCUUCGGGAAGGGCAACACGCAGAGCUACUAAAGGUGGGCUGCGCGGGAUGGUGGUACGUGCGACUUGCAGGUGGUCAAGGUGAAGGCUGGGCGCCGGCGGCUUAUCUUGACCAGCGUAAGACUUCGCGCUCGUCGAGUCGAUCUCACGACCGACUGCACGACCACUAA